GUCGUCAUAACAGACAGUCCUAUCGCUUUACUCUGCUAUCUUUCUGGUGUCGUACUAAACACAUUGGCUGCUCUCUCCAGUGUCCAUGCCAUCACCCGCUCGUUAACCCCUCUGAUCCCCUCUUCCAACGCCCCUGCCAGUAGCAACACCUCAGGCACAUCGACCCCCACCCAGGCCGGCUGGUCGCUCCCGAACCCUUCCCUGCCCAAGACGGGGAUCGAGGUCCUCGAAACCGACCGUUUCCGUCUCACCUGCUUCCAGACCCUCACGGGGACCAAAUUCUUGCUGUUUACGGAUCCGCUGAUGCCCAAUGUCGACGCCGUGAUGCGCAAAGUGUACGAGCUCUACGCCGACUACGUCAUGAAGAAUCCCUUCUACCAGCUGGAAAUGCCGGUGCGAUGUGAAGCGUUCGAUCGCCAUCUGGCGACGUGGUUGAGAGGGAGGACAUAG